AUGGAUAUGGAUGACCUAGAGAUCGACCCAGCCAUCGCAGAAGCAAUGGGCUUCACAAGUUUUGGCAGCAAGCGUCGCAAGCACGCUGCACGCGCCGACGACGCUUUCAUCGACGACAGCGGCAACCAGCUUCCAGCCAGCACAGGCGCGAACGACAUCCCCUUGGGCACCAGACCGGCGAUGGGCAGUUCGACAGAGAAGGCUCAAGAGCAAGAACGUGCAGGCAAGGAAGCAUCAACAACGAGAGUGGAGAACACACAGGCAAGAGCAGGGAAGGUGCAAACAGACAACUGGACUCCUGGUUUCCCAGACGCUCCAGAGCUUGCGGCACUCCGACGUGGUGUCAAGAAUGCGAGGGGCGAUAUGGUUCUCUUUAUGCCGUCCUUUAUUGAGGAUCCUUGGAAAGGACUUGCUUGA